GUACCUGAGAAUUUAUUUACGAAUUUGUCAAACUUUUUCAGCUAAGCGAUAUUUUCGGUGUUCUAUUUUAUUGUUAUUAUUUAACUAAUGAUUGUUUUUCUCGGCUAAUUAGUUAUGGCACCGAAGAAGCAGAAGGAGGUUACUUCGAAAUCGCGCGGUAACCUAGUUGAAGAUGACGCUCUUGAUUGGCUUAAACCUCGCUCCCUUAUUAAACCCGAAGAUCAGGAAGAUGUUCCAGACGCGGACCUAGAAGAAGAAGUAGGUCGUGUUUUGACUACCAUCAACCUUCAAUGGGUAGCCGAUGAGGUAGCUUACCAUUAUGGUCAAGGACGUUUUGUACCUAAACCGAAACCAACGUUUGGAAAAGCAUAUCCUCUCUACAUAUAUCAAGGUACAGCUAUUCGAAAGGAUUCUGACGAAGCGAAAGCACAAAUUGCUGCAGGAUAUGGUAUGGUGGGAUUCGAUGACGCUGGACCGAAACGAGCGAAGGUCAAGAAGUCCAGUGCUGAAGAAGAAGAAGAGGAGGAACCUGAACCUGAACCCCCACCACCCGAAGAGGGUAAAGGAGAAGAAGAUGCAGUAGCUGAAGAAGAGAAGCCUGAAGGUGGCGAGGCGCCCGCAGAGCCAACAGAUGUCGGUGCUGAGGAGGGAGAACUGGCAGAGGGCGCCGAGGAAGCUGAACCCGAAGAAAGAGAAGAAGCUCGAGGGGGUGGGGACGAAGAAGUUAUUGAAAUAAAGCCACGCGUAAAGAAACUAGCGAAUCAAUUCAACUUUUGCGAAAGAGCCGCACUAACAUACAACUUUCCACGAAGGUCUGUGGAUACGCAAACCAUACCACCGCCUCGAGCGAAUUACGGCGCGACAGCUCUCCAGUGCAUCAUAUUCGACUACUAUCAAGAAGAUUACGCCAGGAAAUUACGGGAGAAAGAAGAAGAAAAACCAAAACGGCUGCGCAAGAAAGCGGCGAAACAUGCAAAAUCAGCGCAACAAAUACACGAUGAACUACUAGCGCAGCGCAUCCGCGAGGCUUGGACGGUCCUCGAGAGACUCGUCAAUCAGAACAUCUACGAUGACAUAGCUCAAGACUACCGAUAUUGGGACGAUCCGUCAGACGAGUUCCGUGAAGGUAUGGGCUCACUGCUGCCUCUGUGGAAGUUCCAAUAUGAACCGAUGAGGAACCACGCUGUCUGCGAUCUUCAAUGGAACCCACAUUAUCAAGAUUUAUUCACUGUUGCAUACGGGUCGUUGGACUUCACUAACCAGCAAAAGACCGGGUGCUUAUGCCUGUACAGCAUUAAGAACCCAGCGUAUCCUGAAUACGCUGUCAUAACUGAGUCUCCGAUCAUCUGCCUGGAUGUAUAUAAGGAAACGCCGUAUCUCAUAUGCGUUGGUCUUUAUGAUGGUAAUGUGUGCGUGUACAACGCCCAGUUGACCCUCGAAUCUUCAUAUCAAUACAAAUCAGAUUCGGUUCGAGAUAAACACAGUAAUAUUGUAUGGGAGAUAAGAUGGGGCGCUCGUCUGAUAGACGGCGAGUCGACUUUCUUCUCUAUCUCUGGAGACGGCAGGGUGGUGCAGUGGGCAGUGAUGCCCGGCGAGCUGCAGGCCACCACCAUCAUCACGCUCACAUCCAACGUGCCGCCGAUACCAGGCCCUGAUGGGACGCUCAUCACUGUUAAUAGUUGCGGCAGCUGCAUCUGCUUCCAUCCAGAGAAGCCAGACAUCUUCAUGGUGGGCACAGAGGACGGUAUGAUCCACACAUGUUCCUUGAAAUACAACAGGAACUACGUGUCGUCGGUGCAGGCGCACCACAUGCCCGUGUACAGGAUCAACUAUAAUUACUUCAAUAAUAGUAUCUAUGCUUCGUGUUCGGGCGAUUGGAGGGUCAAGAUAUGGGAGGAUGGUCGGGACGAGCCUCUAUUUAUGUUCGAAUUGGGAUCGCCCGUCGGAGAUGUCAAAUGGGCUCCGUACUCGAGCACCGUGUUUGCAGCUUGCACCGCCGACGGGAAGGUUUACGUAUUUGAUUUGAAUGUAAACAAAUAUCGGCCGAUUUGCGUGCAAGCUGUGGUCUCCAAGAAGACUAAAAAGUUGACGAGAAUCGACUUCAAUAUGCGACUGCCGGUCAUCGUGUGUGGAGAUACUAAAGGAACAUGUCAUGUUCUAAAAUUAUCCCCUAAUCUUCGAGUUAUGUGCAAACCGCCUAAAAAAGCCCAAGGAAUGGAUCAACGAACAUUACAGAUCAUGAAGCUUGACAAACUUCUCAGCUUAGUUCGGGACCCGCCCUACCAAACCGGCGUAGUGGAUGAGAAGUUUGAUGACGACUAAACAAUUUACUUUUUUUAUUUAUUAUUUAUUUUAGUUCUUAGUAACUUAUCAUAAUACCUACUUGAUUUAAUUGAUAUUUUCAUGCAAAUAAAACACAUUAUUAUUUCUUAAU